AUGGAUACUACACAAAUAAACGACGAAUAUUUAUUAUCCAAACUCCGAGAAAAUGAAUUAGAAAAAAUAUGCAGAUGCUGUUUCACUAUCGAAGAUAACAUGCAAUCUAUAUUUGCAAAAUGUUUUGAAAGAAACGAUACUUUAAAGUUUAUUUAUGAAAUAUUAAGUAUAAAUUUUUUAGGUACGGACAAGUUUCCAUCAUUAAUAUGCAAGAAAUGCUUACAAAAACUAGAAAUAAUAAACUCAUUUCGACAACAGUGUAUACAAACGCAAAAAAUAUUGCAUUUAUAUGUAAAUAAUUCCAUACCAAAUAAUUGUAAUAAAUCUUAUUUGGAUGUAGCAAACCAGGACACAACUAGUCAUCCAAAUAACACAAUUUAUGAUAAUGAUCAUCCUAGACAAUAUAAUGAUCAUUCUAUUGAAGAUAACUUGGCUCAACAUAUACAAACAUCUAUCACUCAAAAUAAUCCUGUGGCAAUUGAACCUUAUACAUCAACAAAUAAUUAUCAGCAAUGCUCAAUAUGCAAAGAAAGUUUCUCAAAUUUUGAAUUACUUACUAAGCAUAGAAAGGCUAAUAAUAAAAGGUAA